AUGUCCGGCUUGCGUCACCCGCAUGUAAUAUACGUACAUGAACUGAUCGACACACCGACGACUGUGUUUAUCGUCAUGGAAUACGUUGAAGGAGGCGAACUCUUCGACUAUAUAUCGCAAAACUCGCGCUUGAGCGAACCGGAGGCAAUUCGGCUGAUGCGGCAAGUCCUCUCUGCAGUAGACUUCUGCCACAGCAAAAUGAUUUGCCAUCGAGACAUCAAACCGGAGAACAUACUGCUGGACGGUAACCUGAACGUCAAGCUCGGAGACUUCGGCCUGUGUAACUCUAUGCGCUACGGGGAAUGCCUGAGGACUCCCUGUGGAUCCCCCAACUACGCUUCGCCAGAAGUAAUUUGUGGGAAGAGCUAUUCAGGUCCCGAGAUUGACAUCUGGUCCUGCGGAAUCAUAUUGUAUGUGCUCCUGUGUGGCUGCCUACCGUUCGAUGAUGACGAGAUGUCAAUAUUGUUCGUCAAAAUAAAACUGGGCAAAUAUCACGAGCCGUCUCACCUGUCGAAUGAUGCGAGGGCCCUGUUGCAACGCAUGCUGGACGUAAACCCCGUUACACGUAUCACCAUGAGGGAGCUUUUCAGCCCGGCGUUGACUUUUCAUCCCGCCGUCCGGUCGGUAACCGACGAACACGAGUCGAUCCGUCUCGAGAAGCCACAAGACGACGACCUGGAGGCUGCGAGCGCCGUGGCGCUGAAGUGCAGCCGCUUCAAACCACGAUGGUCGAUGGGCGUGGCCGGAUUUAAAUCGGAAUUCCAGUGUGUUAACCUGCUAACGGACACGUUGAGGGAGCUGGGCUACAAGUGGCGAUUUGCUCCCGGGUUCAAGGUCUACUGCCGGCGAGACCCGUCGCGCAAGCAGCGGAUGCAAUUCCAGUUUACAAUGCAGCUUUACAAAAUGAAGUACAUGUGCUACCUACUAGACAUACAAAUGAAAACCGGGCCAAUCAUGCCGGUAUUGCACGAAGGAAUUCGGCUUGUCGAGACGCUAAAGCGUAAACUCAAAUUGUCAACACUGCUAAAUUAA